AUGGUGUCGAAGCGAACGGCUUCUGCUGCGGCGGUCGCCGGACUGGGCGGGCUGGCUUUUGUGGCCACACCAGGUUCAGUGAAUCGCUAUGCUCCGGAGAUGUCAUCCACAGCAUCAGCCAAGGCCUCUGCCGAGAUGGGCAGCAGCACAUUCACCGUGGGUGCAGCAGCAGCCACAGCCGCCGGGGCAGUGGCUGCUUCCACGCGCAGGAAGCUCCGUGCGUCCAAGGUUGCUGCCCGUGCGGAAGUUGCGCCGGGCGAGAAAGUUGUGGGCAUCGACCUUGGAACUACCAACUCUGCGGUGGCUGCUAUGGAGGCUGGCACACCCACAGUGAUCCCUAACGCAGAGGGUGCUCGAACCACACCGAGUGUGGUGGCCUACUCCAAGAGCGGUGAGCUUCUGGUGGGGCAAAUCGCAAAGCGCCAGGCUGUGGUGAACCCUGAGAACACCUUCUACUCCGUGAAGCGCUUUGUUGGUCGCCAGCCCGGUGAAGUGGAUUCAGAACUGAAGGAGGUGUCUUACAAGGUGGAUUUUGAGGGCCAGAAGGUGAAGAUCGACUGCCCUGUGAUGAACAAGAAGUUUGCGCCCGAGGAGGUCUCGGCCCAGGUGUUGCGCAAGCUCAGCGCCGAUGCUGGCAAGUAUCUUAGCGCCACUGUGAACAAGGCGGUGGUGACAGUCCCGGCCUACUUCAACGACUCCCAGCGCCAGGCCACAAAGGAUGCUGGAAAGAUUGCGGGAUUGGACGUGAUGCGAAUCGUGAACGAACCCACGGCAGCGUCGCUGGCAUAUGGCUUGGAGAAGAAGAACAAUGAGACGAUCUUGGUUUUUGAUCUUGGCGGCGGCACCUUUGACGUCUCUGUUCUGGAGGUUGGUGACGGCGUUUGUGAGGUUCUGGCCACAAACGGCGACACCCACUUGGGUGGCGAUGACUUCGACAAGGUCAUCGUCGACUGGCUUGCGGAGGCGUUUCAGAAGACCGAGGGCAUCGACCUCCUGAAGGACAGGCAAGCCUUGCAGCGUCUCACGGAGGCAGCAGAGAAGGCCAAGAUUGAGCUCUCAGGAGUGCAGGAGGCCAAGAUCUCGCUUCCCUUCAUCACGGCUGAUGCUACAGGCCCCAAGCACAUCGAAGAGAGCCUGUCUCGUGCCAAGUUCGAGCAGCUUGCUGGCAAGCUCAUCGCGCGAUGCAGGACGCCUGUGGAGAGUGCCAUGAAGGAUGCCAAGCUGACCGCCAAGGACAUCGAUGAGAUUGUGCUGGUUGGCGGCUCCACCAGGAUCCCGUCCAUCCAGAGCUUGGCUUCGGAGCUGGUGGGUGGCAAGGCGCCCAACCAGAGCGUGAACCCGGAUGAAGUUGUGGCCGUGGGAGCGGCCGUGCAGGCUGGUGUGUUGGCCGGAGACGUGAAGGACAUUGUGCUGCUGGAUGUGACGCCACUGUCGUUGGGUGUGGAGACCUUGGGCGGCGUGGCCACUGUGCUGAUCGCCAGGAACACCACCAUCCCGACCAAGAAGACCGAGGUGACCUUUGACAUCGAUGCCAACGGCAUCCUGAAUGUUGGUGCAAAGGACCGGGGCACUGGCAAGGAGCAGACCAUCACCAUUGCGGGCUCCUCCACCUUGGACAAGACCGAUGUGGACAAGAUGGUGCAGGAUGCCGAGGCCAACGCGGUCGAGGAUGAGAAGCGAAAGGAGGCCGUGGAGACCAAGAACAACGCCGAGAGCUUGGUGUACCAGACAGAGAAGCAGCUGCAGGAUUUGGGUGAGAAGGUGCCGGCAGACCUGAAGGCCAGCAUCGAUCCAAAGUUGCAGGCCUUGAAGGACAAGGUUGCGGAGGCAGAACCAGAGACGGAGCUGCUGAAGACCAUGACCAAGGACCUGCAGGAGGAGCUCAUGAAGGUCGGCCAGGCGGCCUAUGCCAACGCGGGUGCAAGCUCACCUCCACCCGGUGAUGCGCCUGAUGGAGAUGCCGGCUCCCCUCCUCCGGGUGAUGCCAAGGAUGCCAAGGGCAAGGACGACGUCAUCGAUGUGGAUGGGCAGCCAGCAACCAUGGUCUCCAAGAAGGCUCGCGCUGCGGCAGCUUGCGCUGGCUUGGGAGGGUUGGCUUUCGUUGCCACGCCAGGUUCGGUGAAUCGCUAUGCCCCAGCAGAAAUGGCAUCCACCGCCAGCAAGGCCUCUGCCGAGAUGGGCAGCAGCGCCUUCACCGUGGGUGCAGCAGCAGCCACAGCCGCCGGGGCAGUGGCUGCUUCCACGCGCAGGAAGCUCCGUGCAUCCAAGGUCGCUGCCCGUGCGGAAGUUGCGCCGGGCGAGAAAGUCGUGGGCAUCGACCUUGGAACUACCAACUCUGCGGUGGCUGCCAUGGAGGCCGGCGCCCCUACAGUCAUCCCCAACGCAGAGGGUGCUCGAACCACACCGAGUGUGGUGGCCUACUCUAAGAGCGGUGAGCUGCUGGUGGGGCAAAUCGCAAAGCGCCAGGCAGUGGUGAACCCUGAGAACACCUUCUACUCCGUGAAGCGCUUUGUUGGCCGCCAGCCCGGUGAAGUGGAUUCAGAACUGAAGGAGGUGUCUUACAGGGUGGAUUUUGAGGGCCAGAAGGUGAAGAUCGACUGCCCUGUGAUGAACAAGAAGUUUGCGCCCGAGGAGGUCUCGGCCCAGGUGUUGCGCAAGCUCAGCGCCGAUGCUGGCAAGUAUCUUAGCGCCACUGUGAACAAGGCGGUGGUGACAGUCCCGGCCUACUUCAACGACUCCCAGCGCCAGGCCACAAAGGAUGCUGGAAAGAUUGCGGGAUUGGACGUGCUGCGAAUCGUGAACGAACCCACGGCAGCGUCGCUGGCAUAUGGCUUGGAGAAGAAGAACAAUGAGACGAUCUUGGUUUUUGAUCUUGGCGGCGGCACCUUUGACGUCUCUGUUCUGGAGGUUGGUGACGGCGUUUGUGAGGUUCUGGCCACAAACGGCGACACCCACUUGGGUGGCGACGACUUCGACAAGGUCAUCGUCGACUGGCUUGCAGAGGCGUUUCAGAAGACUGAGGGCAUCGACCUCCUGAAGGACAGGCAAGCCUUGCAGCGUCUCACGGAGGCAGCAGAGAAGGCCAAGAUUGAGCUCUCAGGAGUGCAGGAGGCCAAGAUCUCGCUUCCCUUCAUCACGGCUGAUGCUACAGGCCCCAAGCACAUCGAAGAGAGCCUGUCUCGUGCCAAGUUCGAGCAGCUUGCUGGCAAGCUCAUCGCGCGAUGCAGGACGCCUGUGGAGAGUGCCAUGAAGGAUGCCAAGCUGACCGCAAAGGACAUCGAUGAGAUUGUGCUGGUUGGCGGCUCCACCAGGAUCCCAUCCAUCCAGAGCUUGGCUUCGGAGCUGGUGGGUGGCAAGGCGCCCAACCAGAGCGUGAACCCGGAUGAAGUUGUGGCUGUGGGAGCAGCCGUGCAGGCUGGUGUGUUGGCAGGAGACGUGAAGGACAUUGUGCUGCUAGAUGUGACGCCACUGUCGUUGGGUGUGGAGACCCUGGGCGGUGUGGCCACCGUGCUGAUCGCCAGGAACACCACCAUCCCGACCAAGAAGACCGAGGUGUUUUCGACUGCCACGGACUCCCAGCCCUCUGUGGAGAUUGUGGUGCUGCAAGGCGAGCGUCAGUUUGCCAAGGACAACAAGAUUCUGGGCACAUUCCGCCUGGACGGCGUGCCCCCUGCGCCGCGUGGCGUGCCACAGAUUGAGGUGACCUUUGACAUCGAUGCCAACGGCAUCCUGAAUGUUGGUGCAAAGGAUCGGGGCACUGGCAAGGAGCAGACCAUCACCAUUGCGGGCUCCUCCACCUUGGACAAGACCGAUGUGGACAAGAUGGUGCAGGAUGCCGAGGCCAACGCGGUCGAGGAUGAGAAGCGAAAGGAGGCCGUGGAGACCAAGAACAACGCCGAGAGCUUGGUGUACCAGACAGAGAAGCAGCUGCAGGAUCUGGGUGAGAAGGUGCCGGCAGACCUGAAAGCCAGCAUCGAUCCAAAGUUGCAGGCCUUGAAGGACAAGGUUGCGGAGGCAGAACCAGAGACGGAGCUGCUGAAGACCAUGACCAAGGACCUGCAGGAGGAGCUCAUGAAGGUCGGCCAGGCGGCCUAUGCCAACGCAGGUGCAAGCUCACCUCCACCCGGUGAUGCGCCUGAUGGAGAUGCCGGCUCCCCUCCUCCGGGUGAUGCCAAGGAUGCCAAGGGCAAGGAUGACGUCAUCGAUGUGGAUGGGCAGUGA